AUGUCGAAGGAACUCCGUAGAACCCCAAUCUGGAAGCUGAGUAAGUUUAUAGAGGAUCAUAUUCUUCCUGACACUACAUUUCUUACGGGGGUCAGAGCAGACAUCAACUUCAUAUGUGCUUUCCUGAAGGAGAGAUGCUUCCAAGGUGCCGCUCACCCUGUGAGGGUCUCCAGGGUUGUGAUGGGCGGCUCCUACAAUGAACACACUGCGCUCAAGGGCAGGUCAGAGGCCAACAUGGUGGUGUUAUUUAACAAUCUCACCAGCUUUGAGGAUCAGUUAAACUGGCAUGAAGAGUUCCUUGAGGAGAUUCAGAAACACCUGUGCCAGUUGCAGCAAGAGAAACAAUUUAAAGUGAAGUUUGAGGUCCAGAUCUCAGAGCAGCCCCACUCCAGGUCUCUGAGCUUCAAGCUGAGCUCCCCUGAGCUCCAGCAGGAGAUGGAAUGUGAUGUGCAUCCAGCCUACGAUGCCCUGUAUGAAGUGAGACAGAAAGAGGAAGUUGACUGUGAAAUCUACAACAAAAUGUAUGCCCAACUCAUCCAUGAGUGCACCGCCCUGAACAAGGAGGGAGAGUUCUCCAUGUGCUUCAUAGAUGUCCAUCAAAACUUCCUGAAGAAUCGUCCACCCGAGCUGUGGAAUGUCAUCCGUCUGGUCAAGCACUGGUAUCAACUGUGUAAGGAGAAGCUGAGGAAGCCGCUGCCCCCAGUGUACGCCCUGGAGCUGCUCACAGUGUAUGCCUGGGAAUGCGGGGUCAAAGACAGCCCUGGACUACAUGUAGCCCAGUGCUUCCGAAGUGUCUUAGACCUGAUCACUGACUAUUUGAGUCUUCUAGUCUACUGGAGAUGGUGUUGUGAAUUUAAACAUGAGAUCUCUGACUACCUGAACAGACAGCUCCAAAAAGACAGGCCUGUGAUCCUGGACCCGGCUGACCCAACAAGGAACGUGGCUGGUUCAAACUUAGAGGGCUGGCACCUUCUGGCAAAUGAGGCUAUGAUCUGGACACAUUCAACUUUCUUUAUGAACUGUGAUAAGUCCAUUUUGAGCGGCUGGAAUGUACCGCCAGAGAAAGAAAGAUGUGUCUCUCAGUGAGCACCCAGCAUCUACCCAAGAGACUCUGGAGUGAGGGGCAUGUGCUGCUCUGCUGCAAGACCUUGACCUAGAGGACAGGAUGCUGCUCUAGGCUCCAGUGAGGGGCAUCCAACCUGGGAUCAGACUGCAGGCUUCUGAUCCCUGCCUGCCCAUGGACAGCAUCCUCACAGCCUGCAUCCUCUGCCUUACCCUCCAACAGUGCUCUCUGGGAGUCAGACUCUGAAGGAAAGAGAACUCAAGCAUGACGUCCAUCUGUCCAG